AAGCCUUAAACCCAUAUAAUUCUCAUUUUCAUUUCCAUGGUUGCAAAAUUUGAACAGAGUUUAAUGGCUUUUUUUGAUGCCAUUUUUUGUUAUUUCUUGAAUGGAUUCACCGUUCAUCGUUAAUCCCUAGUCUGAGUUUGUCUCUGAAAUUCUGUUCCCGUUUUCUUCAUUCUAUUGCUAUGCUACUCUUCUUCAUAUUCCAAUCCUUUAUCCCUUUUCUUCCAAUUCAAGACCUGGUUUCUUCUAACAUACACAGAGGUUCUGUUAAAUGUGUUUAUACCCUAGACUUGUUUGACAAGAAUGCCAGGCUUUCCUGUCGCGGCUGGUGAAACAUGUAAUUUUAUAAGCACAGAUCAACAACCUAGCCCUGUAGAUGCUUCUGUGCAAUUGUCUGCAGAAGAGAAAGCUGUUGCAGAACAGAGUCUUUCAGUUUAUUGCAAGCCUGUAGAGUUUUACAACAUUCUUCAUCACCGUAUUUUGCAACGCAAUCCAUUUUUCAUUCCGAGAUGUUUAGAGUACAGGAGAGAGGCUAGGAGAAAAAAAAGGACACAAAUGACAGUUAUGCUGUCAUGGAAUGAUGAAGAAACUCAAAAUGUGUUUCCUUUGUAUAUCGGUCUAGCAAGGCGUGAUCCUAAUAAUGUAGAUGCUGAUUAUUCUGCUGUUUAUCUACUCAGUCAGAUAUAUACCUUUCGAGGUUCCUCCAGCAUUGACAGGAACUAUAAAAUCAAAGCAGAGUUUGUGCUUUGGGAAGUUAAUGAGUUAGCAGCGGACGGCUCACUUUUUCUGUUGUUUUUCACCACUGAGGGAAAUUCAAAUUCAUCACCUAGAGUCAAUGCAAGCCUGGGGCCUUCAGAUCCGACUUCUCAUGAAUCAAUAGCUGAAAAGAUCUGCUUAUACGAGAAAAUUUCUUUUCAAUCAAUUUAUAUGGCUUGGGAUAGUUCUCCAAAUUUCCUUUGGGGACUACGAGCUGAGGUUAUGACUACUCUUGAUCUGCUUCCAUGUAUUUUGAAGUAUGAUGUUCUAAAUAAGGGCACGACCAUCGCAAUCCAAGAACUCCGGAAUUCUGAGAUUGUGAGUACAUCAAAGCAUGUUCAAAUCAAAAUCUUUGCUGAAGAGCUCAUGGGCAUGGAGAAAUCUCUCAACUAUACAAAUGUCAGGGUUAAUGUACCAUCAUCAUCAUCAUCAUCGUCGUCGUCGUCAUCUCGUUUCAUUCGGUUGAAAGAAGGACAUGUGAAAUUUAAUUACAGGUAUUUCGAUAACAAAUUGCAGAGAACAGAAGACACUGAAGAUUUUUCCUGUCCAUUAUGUUAUUUAAGAUGUGCAAGCUAUAAGGGUCUAAGAUGUCAUCUGCUCGCAUCACAUGAUCUUUUCAACUAUGAAUUUUCGGCAUUGGAACAUUGUCUGGCUGUUAAUGUGUCUUUGAAUUAUGAUACCUGGAGAACUGAGAUUAUUGGAGAUGAUGUUGAUCCAAGAUUGCAAACUUUUUACCUUCGUUGCAAGCGAUACAAGCACACAAGUCCAGAAGUUGCAUGUUUUGAAGAGUACCAGGGUGCUGAAUCACCGGCCUUAGCUAAUAAUGCUGACCCACCGGUCUUUGCUAUGGAUGUUGACCCGCCGGUCUUUGCUAUGGAUGCUGACCCGCCGGUCUUUGCUAUGGAUGCAGACCCACUGGUUUUAGCUAUGGAUGUAGGCCCACCGGUCUUAGCUAAUGAUACAUACCCACCGAACUUAACUAUUGAUGCAGACCCACCGGUCUUAGCUAUUGAUGCAGACCCACCAAUCUUAGCUAUUGAUAUGGACCCACCGGUCUUAGCUAUUGAUGCGGACCAACCAAUCUUACCUAUUGAUGCAGACCCACCAGUCUUGGCUAUGGAUGCGGACCCACCGGUCUUGGUUAAGGAUGCAGACCAACCGGUGUUAGCUAUUGAUGCGGACCCACCACUCUUAGCUAAGGAUGCAGACCCACCGGUCUUAGCUAUUGAUGCGGACCCACCGGCCAUAGCUACGGAUGCAGACCAAAUAUUCUUAGAGUCUGAAACUCCUUUAGGAGAUAUUGAGUUUUUGAAGAAGGCUGAUGGAAAUUCUGCAACUAUAUCAGGAGUUGCAAAUGAAAAUGUUGUAUCCAAUCCUGAUCCAGAUUGUGUCCCACCAAUAUCUGAGCAUGACUAUGUGACUCCUGCAGUGCCACAGGCUGACAAUGCAGCGAAGUUAGACGACCAAAGCAAAGCCCGGUUGGUUGGUCGAAAGUUUUAUCAUUCUCACAAAGCCCAGGAAAUGUCAAUUGGCGAAGUUCUAUCAGAUUAUGAUAGCGAGAAUGAAAUUGAUCCUGAAGUUGAAGACAUUGAAGAGCGAAUGAGGCUUAAUCUUCAUGAUGUUAGCAAAGAAGAGAAGGAAUUCAUGUUCAUGUGGAACUCAUUUAUACGGAAGCAACGUGUGCUGGUAGAUUCUCACGUUCGUUGGGCAUGUAAGGCUUUCUCAAUAUUGCAUGGCGCUGAGCUUGUUAAAUCCCGUGAAUUAUCUUGGUUUUGGAGAAUGUUCAGGCUCAAAUUAUACAAUUUUGGUCUUAUAGAUGGAAAGGUCAUGAACGAUUGUAGUAUUAUUCUCGAACAAUACGAGAAGCAAAAAUCAAAUCCUGAGAUCCCAAUAGCUAAUAUAAACUCCAUUCUUUUGACCCCUCGUAAAAGUAAAAGAAGAAAAUGACACAGAAAAGGACUUCUUUACAAGGUGCAAAUUGCCCUUACUCUCUUGUGGAACCUUAUUGGAUUUAAAUUUAUACCCCUGUUGUACUAUUAUUAUCUGGAGUUUUACUGUGAGGUUUACCAACGGAAAAAGUUACGUUGGAAAUCUCUUUUUCUGCGGCAUGGAGCUGAAAGAAACUCGUAAGCAACCCGAGUAUUAUAUGUUCUUGAUCUGUUCUGGUUGAAAUUUGAAAUUUUGAUGUUCCAUAGUUUUUGUUGACACCAAAGUUACAUGGAAUGGAUUGCCAGUAGUCCAAAAGGGCACUGCAUGAAGUGCAGCUCAUAUUUAAUGAAUUUACAAUUAUUUUGUGAUAUAGAAUAAUAGCCUUUUGUGGGUGACAUUGAUUGUUGUAUACUAUUUUGUGAAAAUGGUAGACAUAUACUCAUC